CUCUCUCACACACACACACACACACAGACUAAAUAUGAAUGCAUGGUUCAUUGGGUUAUUCAUGGCAAUAUUUGCGUGCAAUUGUAUGUUGUCUCCACAUUUCAUGGCUUUGUCCAUUGUUUGUUAUACUCAUGAGAAAAUGCUCCACUUUUCUUCCAUCUCACUGUUCUGAUUUGCUCACCUUCUCCUCAUUGACCCUUCUUCACACACACACAUAAAUAUUCUCAUAGUUUCCGUUUCUUGCAGCCCUUUUGACGUUUAAACUUUUCAGUAUUGCCGUUUAAACGUUUAAACUUCUCCACUUCAUUCGGUCUUCUUUGAAAAUAUAUCAACUUCAGGGAUGGAUUUCAUGGAGAACAAGCGAAAGAGCAACUUCACAAGGAAAAUUAUCUUGGCUGCUAGCAUCACUGCACUUUUCUUUUUCAUGGUGAAGCGGCCGGCUGCUAUUAAUGGCUCCACCAAGUUUUCUCAGCAUGAGGCUGGCGUAACUCAUGUCUUGGUGACUGGAGGGGCAGGCUAUAUCGGUUCUCAUGCUGUUCUAAGACUUCUUAAAGACUCCUACCGCAUAACUAUUUUGGACAACCUUUCUCGUGGGAACAUGGGAGCAGUUAAAGUUCUCCAAGGACUUUAUCCGGAACCUGGGAGACUCCAAUUCGUAUACGCAGAUCUAGGAGAUGCAGAGGCUGUGGACAAAAUAUUUGAGCGUAAUGCUUUCGAUGCUGUUAUGCAUUUUGCUGCUGUUGCUUAUGUUGGUGAAAGUACAGCUGAACCACUAAGGUAUUACCAUAAUAUUACAUCAAAUACUUUGUUGCUUGUGAAGGCAAUGGCCAAACAUGGAGUAAAAACAUUGAUCUAUUCAAGUACUUGUGCAACAUAUGGUGAGCCUGAAAAGAUGCCAAUUACAGAAACCACGCCUCAAGUCCCCAUUAAUCCAUAUGGCAAAGCCAAGAAAAUGGCAGAAGAUAUAAUACUGGACUUCUCAAAGACAUCAAACAUGGCUGUCAUGAUCUUAAGGUACUUCAAUGUGAUUGGCUCGGAUCCUGAGGGACGGCUGGGAGAAGCUCCACGACCAGAACUGCGAGAACAAGGGAGAAUUUCGGGUGCUUGUUUUGAUGCUGCAAGAGGAAUAAUCCCAGGACUGAAGAUAAGAGGAACAGACUACAAGACUCCAGAUGGAACUUGUGUAAGAGACUACAUUGAUGUCACUGAUCUGAUAGAUGCACAUGUGAAAGCUUUAGCCCAUGCUAAGCCUGGAAAAGUUGGCAUCUACAACGUCGGAACAGGAAAAGGUAGUUCAGUAAAGGAAUUUGUAGCAGCUUGUAAGACGGCUACGGGUGUGGACAUUAAGGUGGAUUUCCUUAGCCGACGACCAGGGGAUUAUGCUGAAGUUUACAGUGAUCCUUCCAAGAUUAACAAUGAACUCAACUGGACAGCCAGAUUCACAAAUCUUGAAGAAAGUUUAUCUAUAGCAUGGAGAUGGCAGAAGGAACACCUAAAUGGUUAUGAUAAUUAAACAAUAGUUUUGUUUAUCAAAGUCCCUUGAGAUAUUUCUGAAUGGAAACAGGAGAGUUAUUUCUCAAGGAAUUAGUUGUUUUGCAACAUUUUGUAGCUUCACUGAGCAAGAAUCUAUUUGGUUUAUUUUCGGGUUAGAUGAGUCAAGUGAUAUGAACUUGUACAGAACUCGUUAUUGUUCGAUCUGAGAAAAAAAUGGCUGAAAGAUACUUUUCUUGUUGAUAUUCGCUAA